CCGCCGCCAGCCCGGCCCCGGGCGGGCGCCCCAGGAUGAAGCGCGCCGGGACGCUGCGGCAGGUCUCCGACUUGAGCGACUUCAGCCGAGGCCACUGGCUGCGGGAGCUGCUGUGCCGCGGAGAAGAGCCUUGCCAUGUCCAGCCCAGCCCCGACGGGCAGCACCUCUUGGUCCUGCAGAAGAGCGGGCCGCCCCCCAUGCCCCGGGUGGUGGCCUUCCAGCGCCACAGCAUCGCUGGAACCGACCUGGAGAGGAACUGGCAGCCGCCCCAGCCAGCCCUUGUGGGACUGCUCUUCCUGCAGAGCCCUGUAGUACUGGACUCCUGGGUACUGGCCAUGGUGUGGGAACACGGCCGGACCGAGGUCUGGCACUUUGUGGUGGCCGUGGGCUGGCAGCUGCUGCAGACACUGGAGCUCUGCCAGGGUGCCCGGGCACGAAUUGUCUCCGUGUGCAGCCAGGGAGCCAGCCUGGUGUGGUGCGAGGAGAGGCCGCCCCUGGGUGCCCACUCGGACAUGAGCAAGUGUGCCUUCAGAUUCUGUGUCUGUGCCCGUGCUCUGGAGGUGGGGGAGCAAGGUGUGAGGCUGGGCACCGUGAGGAUGGUCCUGCACAACAGCCCUGAGUACCAGGUCCUGGCCUCCCCUCAGCACAUCUUCCUGGUGCCUGCUGCUGCCGGCUUUGCCACCACUUCCAAAUUCCUCCUCAUCUGGCAUCCUGAGACAGCAAAGCUCACCAUCACAGCCCCCUCUGCAGGCUUCAUCCACAGCAAGGUGCUGCACUCCAGCAGUGAGUCAGACUUCAGAAAACUCCUGCUGGGUUCUGUGGGCCUUCUCUCAGGUUUUACACCCCUGGACAUUCACACAUCUGCUGUGUCUAACAGUGGGGGUCUGCUGCUGGUGAGCACAAAGGGUGCUGUGAACAUGGUGGAGCCAGAUGGGACACAGAGGCAUAUCUUUGACCUGGAGGUGGGCUCCCUGGCCCGGGGAAGUCCUGUCCGGCUAAAGACCUUUGGCAGCAUCCUGGCCUGUGUGCUGGCUGGAGUCCUCUACCUUGUCGACCAGAACAAUGGAAGGCUCAUAGAAAAAGAAGUACUGAGCAUGAAAGAGGUGCAUUUCCUGGAGUCCCCAGGAGAGGAGGACAGUAUCCAGCUCCUCACUCAAGCUGGCAUCUAUAGCUUUUGUUUCUCCAAACCUGAAGAUAGCAGCAGACCUGAACCAUGCCUGGUGGAGAUGGUGUUUGAGGAGGCCUGCAGAUACUACCAGAGGAGAAGCCUCAGCAGCUCCAAGCUGACAGUGGAGAAGUUGAAGAAAGGUGGUGCAUUCCAGGCUCCUGUGGCCCUGGCUGCCAUCCUGCAGCACAGCCUUCACCAGAAACAGAAGCCAGCUCAAGGCCUACAAGACACUUAUGCCAAGCUGUUGAGCACAAUGAGCCUGGAGCUGCAGAGCUACAUGAGCCUGGAGCUCCUCAAGACCUGUGUGGUGUGUGCCCCAGAGAGUGAGGUGGAAAGCUACUGCAAGGAACUGGUGGAGCAGGAGGUCAGCCGCAUUCUGCACUCUGACAUGGACAAGGACAAUUUGGCCUACCUCAACUCUGUCUUUACCUCUUUCCCCAAGGCUGCCUGGAAGGCCACAAGGAGCUGCCUGCAGCUACAGCAGAAUGGGGAGGGCCUCUUGGUAGCCAGGGCCACCCCAGAGGUGUGGAAGAAGGUUCUGGGAGGGCCACAGCUGGACGACGUGGGUCAGAAUGGGAUGGUCCCACUCUUUGAGCUCAUCUGCGCUUCCUUCCUGAGGUUCAAACCCAAGUGGUUGCCCAGUUUUGUGGAGCUGACCCAGCAGUACAUUAGCAUGUCUUGGGCAUACAGCAGCAAGGAGGGCCCAGAGGGCCGGGUGCCGCUGUACAAGAGAGCACUGGGAGUACUGGCCCGGAAGAACAAACACAGCGAGGGAGACAAUGAGAUGGAGCUGGAACUGCUGCUCUGCAGCAAGAGGCCUAAGGCUGUGCUGCAAGCUCUGCACCUUCUUAUCCGUCUGAAGCGGUGGCAGCGGGUGGUGGAAGUGGCAGAGAAGUUCUCCAAACUCAGCCCCUUGCUUAACAAGGAGAUAUUCACCACACUGCUGGCUGAGUUUGCCCAGCACCGGGAGCUGGACCCAUAUCUGGACAGGCUGUGGCCGCUGUGCCCUGCUGAGCUCACUGCCUCAGACAUCCUCACCGUGGUCCUGCAGCACCUCCCUCACUCCCAGGAGGACCCAGUGCCUUUCUCCAGCGAGGGGAACCAGCUGACUGUGGGCUUGCUUAAGCCACUGCUGCAAAGGGUUGCGCAGCGUCCCAGUGUCCACGAGAUGUACUUGGAUGCCUUGCAGAGUCCCACCUUCCCCCCUCCUACCCCACCCCGAGAGCACAAAGUCCCUUCAAAAGCAGUAGCCGAUGAUGUCCCUCAGCCACCGAUAGCAAGGACUUCCUCACCCUCGGCACUGGUACAGGAUGACAGUGUGUGAUGGGGGGAAGGACAACGUGAUCCCAAGCCUUGGGUGCACGAGGAAGGGAAAGCCACAUGCACCCCAGGAAAUCCUACCCUGCGUGGCAGUAUGGAAGCCUGCUCCUUUCUGAAGCCUCCCUGUAGCAGCACCUCAAAGAGCCUGUUGGGUGGCUGGGGUUGGGGGAUCUCCUCUGAGCCAGGGCAGGCUUUCUGGCUAUUCCUAUCAAGUGCAAUUGUGUGUGCCCAGUGGAGGAGCAAAUGCCAGGUGCAUUUGCAGAUGAAAAUGCUGGUUGCACUACAGGACUACAGAACUGCUCCCUGCCCAAAGCACUUUGUUUUCAGUUUGCUUGGCUCCUUUAUAUAUCCACUUCUACUCCCCUGAUCCUGUAGGACUAGUGGUGGAGUGAUGGGCAGGGACACACACAGUCUUGCAUCCCCAUUCUCUGCUCAGUGAGUUGGGUGGUGCCUCUAAGUGCUGCCUGUGAGAAACGGGGCAUGUUUCUUGCAGUGGGGUCACCAAGUCCUGCUUCUUUGGGCUCAGUAAGAUGCUAAAUGCCAGUGUGGCACUGGAGGUCCCAGCACACGUGCUGGCAGCUGCAGCACUCUGCACGCUGUCUCACCACAGUUCCUCUGGGAUCAAUCCUGUAGCUGUGACUGAUUGCAGCUACUUAGCUGAAGAGAGCAGCCUAAUUCCCUUAUCUCUCUAUCCCAGACAGUACCCAAACUCUCUUCUGAGCUGAGAAGCUGGCAGCAGCCUGUGUGAGCUUGGGGCUGGCCCUGCCUCUCCCUUUCCUUUGUGGAAGCUUAGAUUAUGCUGCAGGACACCCAGGCCCUCUGUUCCCAUCUCCUCUACCUUUGCCCUUUGCACACAAAGGGGCUUUGUCAGGGUUGUCUGGCUCAUAUUGUGCCUCUGUUUGCAAAGUCGGUGUAACUUGAGAGCAGUUGUGCAGGAAGAUCCAGGUUCCAGCCUCACUCUGAUACCCUCUGCCUGGCCCCCUCCACCAGGAGGGAGACCCUAGCUAUGGCUUUGCCCCUGCAUUCUGGGCUGUGGUGUAAAGGAGCUGUCUCUUGCCUUGUUGGGCUGGAGGAGAUUCACCUGCAUUAGUCCUCUUGAGAGUGGUCUGAAGCGUGGAAGACAGACUCCUUUUAAAAAUAAAGGUUCCUAAAGCAGUGCUGAGGUGGUGGUGGAUGUUGUGAGGGUGCACACCCUCGGGAGGAGGGCGGUUGUGUUUUGUUUCUGGUGAAAAGUGGACAACCUCAGCUCACUGGUACUGCCCAGCACGGCUCACUGCUGGUACAGCCGCGUUCAGAGAGCGUGCCCAGACAGCCCUCAGCUACUUACCACUAUGAAGCCAUGGAGGCAGGAGUCUGCACAGGCAGGCAGAAGUGUGCAUGCUGCAGAGAAGGCCCAUCCAUGCAGUGCACAGCUGUGGCUGGGCCCAAGACAGAGUUGAGGAUGGGGGAUUUUUUCCUCAAGAGCUGGAACUUGUACAUUUUUUGGAAAACUAGCAAUGGGAAGUACUUGUCUGGCCCAGCAGGAGCCUGCUGCCAGGCACUCAGUGUCAGAGCUGCUGUUGGAGAGAUCCUGUUUUGUGAAACCACUGUAAAGAUGCGGCAGGGCCUCCCCCAGACAAGGGCUUGGCUGCAGAAAGUCCCUGUGGUAGAAAAAGGUCUGGCAAAGAGGAAGAGGAACUGCUGCAACGGUUGCCUAGAGGCUGGCUGGCUAUUGAUGAGACCUUCCUUGUUGGGAAGGGGGUGCUGUGGCCAUGGGAUGCUGCCAGUUUCCUUCCCACACAAGGAAGCCACCUGAUUCUGGCAGCUGCUGCUCACAUGAGCAAGGGAGUCUGGCCUGAAAGGAGAGCUGGCAGCAGCCACUGUGGGCUGUCCCUGCCUCCUCUCCAAGCAGCUGCUGGCUCUGCCUGAUGCUGCUCUCACCCACCACCCAGGGCUGCUCAGGAGGAGGAUGAUGGACAGACCUAGAGCCCUUUCGGAGCCAUUGCUCCAAGGACAAGGAUGCUGCCCUGGGGCAGCACUGAAUGGAGAGCUGCUGAGAGCAAGCCCCACACCUUGGCAAAAGCUGUGCAGUAAUUGGGGGGGAGAUCUUCAUUGCCAAGGCUGGGUUUGGAUGCAGGUGGUCACAGUAGCACAGCGAAUGAGGGUCAAGCUCCCUGCCUUCCAGCACUAGUUCUGCAGAGAAGAAAAGGCAGAUCAGGGAAGGAGCAAUGCCUGUAAAGCCAGCAAGAGGAAACUGAAGCCAGCAGCCAUCCUGUGUGGGCUGAUGUCCCUGAGGCACAGCAAGGGAAGAGGAAGCGGGGAACGCUGUGUGGUAGGGACACCCUGAGGCUUGGGGAAAGAGACCUUCACAUGCGGGCCCUAGACAGGCAGGAAGCAGUCAAAACUUGGGAGCCUGAGGGUUCAGGGUAGGGGAGAGCAAGAGACAAAACUGAGCUGAAUGCUUUCCAAGAAAUGCUGGAAAUCCCCAAGGACCAGAAAGAGUAGACAUCCCUAUGGGGAGCAGUGACCAAACCACUCCAAAGAACAAGAUUCAGCUGAGUAAUAGGCAAGCACAGAGUUCUCUCUGCGGUCAGAUGGGUGCUGAGGGGAGAUAGCAGGAGGUAAGGCCGGUGCAGCUUCAGAUAACACCCAAAGGAAAAACCAGCGAUUAGGAGAUCUGAAGGCAAAUAGAAAAAGCAAUAAAGCAGAUGCAUGUAGCAGAGGGUGAGCUGGCCAGCCUGGCCCUCUCACUCUGCUCCAGAGAGACUUAGACUUUACAACAAAGGAAAUGAGUCAAGCUGCUCACGCAUAUUCCCUGUGCCUGACAUGGCUUUCGGGAUGGUCCCUGUGCUUGCACGAAGGAGCAGCACAAAGCAACACCUGCACUCACCCCAAGGCUCCAGACCAAGUCACCCUUGGCUUAUCUGUGCAUGCAGCUCUCGCUGUGCAGAGCAUGGGACGUGCAGGAGAGGACAUGGGAAGUCCCCAUGCCACCGUACCUAACGGAAGGACAUGUGGGCUGCAGGUACCCCAUAAACUGGAAACGCACAGAUGACACAUACCAGGGUUGCCAGAGGGAAGUGCUUCAUGUCUUGGGGACAGCUUGGGGUGGCACCUCAUGGACAGGAGGCUCUUGGUGUGGCUUUUCCCAGGAAAGGACCUGACACCCAGCCAGCCACAAGUGAAAAGGGCUGCCCGGUGAGGGGAAUGUCAUCCAGCCCUAGUGAUGCUGAGCAGUGGUUCUGUAUCAACCCAUGGGCUGGCUGUGGGCAGAGCGCGCUUGGGAACCCCAGAAAGAGGCCUCUGGUCCCAGGCACAGCCCCAGCUUGUGCCAGCAGUGGAGAACCCUCCCUGUCCCUACCCCUGUGUCCUUCACAGCCAGACCUGAGGAGUGCAGCCACAUCCUGCAGUGCACA